GUCUGAAAGCCAGACAAAGGCAAUGUGAGAUUGUCUCUCUGUCCCUGCAGCAUCCACACCCUCCUAGUGCUAGACAUUCGGGGCCUUCUACAAUCAAACUCUGCUGAAACCACCAUACAUCCACCAUCCUGGUUCAAAUCUUUAAAAUGGAGCUAGAUUUUGGACACUUCGACGAAAGAGACAAAUCCUCCCGGACAACAAAAGGAACCCGCAUGAAUGGACUGCCGAGCCCUACUCACAGUGCCCACUGCAGUUUCUACCGCACUCGCACCUUGCAAACACUUACCAGUGAGAAGAAGGCAAAAAAGGUGCGCUUCUACCGUAAUGGCGACCGCUAUUUUAAGGGCAUCGUAUAUGCGGUAGCCACGGACAGAUUCCGUACUUUUGAUGCUCUUCUGGCAGAUCUCACUCGCUCCUUGUCUGACCAUAUCAACCUGCCGCAAGGUGUCCGUUUCAUUUUUACUAUUGAUGGCAACCAGAAAAUUGGAUCCAUGGAUGAACUGGAGGAAGGGGAAAGCUACGUUUGUGCAUCAGAGAACUUCUACAAAAAGGUAGACUACACCAAGAAUGUCAAUCCCAAUUGGUCAGUGAACGUCAAAGCAUCUGCUAACCAGAAAGGCUUGCAGACACUGGCUAGUGCUAAAGGAUCCAAUGAAUUUAAGGAAAGUAAGGAUUUUGUACGGCCCAAGCUAGUCACCGUCAUGAGAAGUGGAGUCAAGCCACGGAAGGCUGUGCGUGUCCUCCUCAACAAGAAGACGGCGCACUCCUUUGAGCAGGUGCUCACUGACAUUACGGAGGCCAUCAAGCUAGAAAGUGGAGUCGUUAAGAGGAUAUAUACCUUGGAUGGCAAACAGGUUACAUGUCUUCAGGACUUCUUUGGGGAUGAUGACGUCUUCAUUGCAUGUGGGCCAGAAAAAUUCAGAUAUGCCCAGGACGACUUUUCACUUGAUGAAAAUGAGUGCAGAGUGAUGAAAGGAAAUCCAACUAAAGGAGGACCACCUACUCAGAAAGGCUCGCUCAAGGGUCCAGGAUCUACAAGGAGCAGCAAGUCACCAGUUGAAUCAACUAAUGGCACAUCGAGCAGCCAGCUCUCGACUCCAAUUUCCAAGCAGUCUCCCAUCUCUACGCCCACCAGUCCUGGAAGUCUUCGCAAGCACAAGGACCUGUACCUUCCACUGUCACUCGAUGACUCUGAUUCACUUGGAGAUUCGAUGUAGAGAAGAAGCCAGAGAAUGGAGAAGAAAAGCAAAAUCGAGUUCAAAAUCUCGUCUGCUGAAUGCAGUGCUAAAUUUGGUGCUGAAAACAUUCAAAACACCAAAAGGAAGUCAAAAAUAUCUUUCUUUCUUUCUUUCUUUCUUUCUUUCUUUCUUUCUUUCUUUCUUUCUUUCUUUCUUUCUUUCUUUCUUUCUUUUCCUAUUUUAUCUUGUAAAAGAAACACUGCCUAAUAAGUGAUUAGCUGCCUGGAAUGCAUUAAUGUAAUGUUUGGGUGAUGCAAUUUUGCUUUAAAGUAUGCAGUGCCAUGAUUGUCCAGACCAACGGCUAUGCUGAUUGUCUUGUACUAAAAUCAAUUUCCAAACUCCAAUUACACAUGCAAAGUAGAGUAAACAUCUCAAAUUAUUGAAUGCAUUUUACGAUGCUUGAGAAGACAUUUGGGUAAAUCAUGGGAGCAAACAGUUGACAGGUCAUAAUGCAACCAUAUACUACACUAUAAAAAAUAAAAAGUGUAAUCCACAAUGGGGUUCAUUUCUCAAGUCAAAAGUUGGGAGUAAAAUACAUUUUAUAAAAAUCACAUAUUCCAGCACAGAAACCAAAUGCUGGUAUAAUUUAUUCAGAUUAUUAAAAAUGCUUUCACAAUGAAAAGCAGCCUUACUUUUUAUGGCGUACCUAAAUCUUCCUGUUGUGUUCCUUAUAUUUGAAUAUGCAUCCAUAACGUUUGGGACAGUAAUAACAACAACUAGAAACUCUUUUUGAAUUAUCCACCUCCUUUUGUAUUCCUUUCUUCUACCUGCACUUGUUAAAACAGUAGGACAAAGCACAGAUCACUGUGAAUCUUUUACAAAAAUAAAUAACUUUGGGUGAGUUUGUUUUUUUUUUAUUUUUAGAUUUGGGUAUUAUCCUGCUUUUUAAACAGCACAACUGAACAUCUUUUGCGAUUCUCUGUUUUGUAUGAGAAGUGUGCUUUAUGAUCGUUUUAUUUUGUAACCUUUUCUACAGCAGUUUACACUAAUAUUUAAUUGUUGUGCAUUACGACCCAGACAAAGCGCCACUCUGCCAAAUGCAAGUGUCACUUGUAGUGGCGCCUUUCUAAGAAAUGGACUAAGUUAUUGGUUUUGUCUUUCUACAAAGACUUACUGUAUUUUCUGUCUUUUAUACUGUCUGUUGUUUUGUUUUUUUGUUAUUUUUGUGGGUAUUUUAACUAACUGCAGUUAUUGUUGGUAUUGUUUAAAGUUAAUUACUGUGCUGAUGGUCAAUCCAGUAUACAAUAUUUUAUUAGGGCAAUGUUAUCUGAUUAGCACAUUAACAAAAUUCAUGUCUCUCCCAUAUUGGUUUCAGGCAGAGUAGAUAAUAUGAUUUUAUAUAAAAAAAUUCAUUUUGAUCGUAACAAGGAUUCGAGUUCAAGGUCAGUUCCUCCUUUCAAUUUUAACAAAAUGAAGUAGCCACACUGCUGUUCUCCAUAGAUAGAUGGAUAUUUGCAUUACUUUGUUCAUUCUCAUUUAUAACUGUUAAUUAAAACAGGACAAAGCAAAUUCAGCUCCUUUUUUUCCUUACAUUGCACCCUUCAGCAGCAACACUUCCCAUAUUUAAUACAGGGUUAAAUAUACAAUGCCUUGAAAUGUAUUUCUAGACAAAAAUACACAUUCUGAUACAUUUUGAAGCACCAAAAUGAUCUUGUUUUUAAAUCUUUACAAAUUUGAAUGUCCUACUGGGCAGUGCAGAGCUGUGAAGUGCCGGCUGCUUCUGUUCCUGACCACACAUGGCUGCCGUGCCCAUGCACACGCCAAGAUUAAGAACAGCUCUGUCCGGUUGAGCUCUUGUCGAACAAGUAACAAAAACUCAUGGAGAAGUUUCAAUGAAGUUAACCAAAAUUUUGAGAGCAUGGCAUUUCAACCUGCUUUCAGAACUUUUUAACGUGUGUUUUUGUUAAGGGGAGAAUUUCAGGGUACACUUAACAUGUACUGCCCCUAAAUUUAAAAGCAACUCUUGACAGCUAAUUUUACAUUUGAGUUUUGUUGGUUUUCUACCUUGCAAUACUUCUUGAACUUUCAAACUCGUCUACUUCUACACUCAGGUCUGUUUCAAAUGGUGCUAUGUAUAGUUCUGUCAUUUAACCAAACCCACUUUGAAAAACACUAAUGUAUAUGAAAAUAAAUAGUGGCUUAAAAACACUGACAGCAACCAUGAGGUCCACAUUUCACAAAUCAACACCCUGCCUACCUCCAGCAUACCACUUUGUGUACAGCACAGUCUGUAGUGCUACAAUCCUCUAGGCGUAUUUUAUGGAAAAUAUUUCAGGAUCUAUCAAAACAGUAAUAAUCUGCCAUUGUCACAUUGGGUGUAGGCAUUAUUAAAGAAAUCAAGAUGUAGGGGGCUCUGAACUAAGCAUAUCGAUUUACCAUUGCUGUUUCACUUAGAUGGAACUUCCAUGUAAUUUGGAGCAGAGCCUCUUCUUUUUAGUCUUUAAUCGGUGAAUGUAGUCACAAAAUCAACACUUCAAAUCCAAUAUGCUGGAAACAAGACUGUACAGCAAGGGUGUCCAGUUGAGAGUCUGCUGGUCCUCAAUUACAGCCACUUUCUUAACUAGUAGGCAGUUUGUGUUGCUCACAGCGAAAACAUCUUUAGCAUCAAAGAUUGACAACCUUUAAUUGUUUCUUCUUUUCUCAAUAAUGAGAUGCAAUGAAAGCCAGCAGAUGAUGAGUAGCUCACUUGGAGAUCUAACCACCUCCUGGAGGGCAACCGUUUUCUCUCUUAACAAUUUUUUAAAUUAAUCUUCUAUUUUAGCUGUUAAUGAAAAGUGUUUUUUUAAUUGCUUGUUAGUGCUCUCAUUUCCAGAACUAUAGACUUUAUUUAUGUUUCUGAGAGAACCAUCUAAAUAUGCUGUGGGCGCACAGGUGCACAUGCAAUGUAGUUGCUCAUCUUUUGGCUCCAUUUACCUCUCAUAAUUAUUUGAGUGCUGAUCAAGUUAAAAAGGGGAACAAUUGAGGGUUCCGAAUCUUAAAAAGGCAAGUCAAUUAAAAUUAAGGCAUUAAAGUACAGUAUGCACCUUUAACAACUGUUAUUGGCAACUGAUUUUGAAAGUGUCUGGAAUGAAAGGCCACAGGCAUCUAGGAUCGGAAUUUUGGACCCCACUGUAUGCAACUGAUGGAUAAAAAGCAGCGCGUGGUUUCAGUAAUGCACUUCAUUGGCACAUUUAUUUUGGCUUGGGAAAUUCUAACAGAUUUAAUUUCAGUAUUCUGAAAUGCAAGGGCGGCACGGUGGCACAGUGGUAGCGCUGUUGCCUCGCAGUAAGGAGACCUGGGUUCGUUUCCCGGGGCCUCCCUGCAUGUAGUUUUUAUGUUCUCCCAGUGACUGCGUGGGUUUCCUCCCACAGGCCAAAGACAUGCAGGUUAGGUGCAUUGAUGAUCCUAAAUUGUGCGUGUGUGUGUGCCCUGUGGUGGGCUGGUGCCCUGCUAGGGAUUUGUUCCUGCCUUGCGCCCUGGGAUUGGCUCCAGCAGACCCUGUGUUAGGAUAUAGUGGGUUGGAUAUUGACUCCUCAUUUAAUCUUAGCCCAGCACUAACCAAGACUGCGUGCUGAAUAGGUUUAUUUUGUGGGAAGCUGAAAUCUGUUUGUACUGAUUUUUUAAAAUAAUGUUCACAUAAGUGUGGUGUGUAUUAUUCACGAAAUAGCGUCUAAUUUUAAAAAUUAUCAGUCUAUAUUGUAUUGCAGAAUUUACUUAAAUCUGCAGAUUCUGUAUCCUCCUCCAAGGUCUGCACCCAUAUGAUAUUCUAUUGACACUUUAAAAGUCUACUUGAUGGUUGUCACAACUAUAAGGAAUAGCAUAAUCUAAAGAAUUUGCUUUGUUGACUGUUUUAUAAAAGCAUCUGCAUUUUAUAUUUGCCAUCUUUCUUUAAACUGUAACUUAAUUGGAUCAUUUAAUACCAGUAAACCUUGGUGGACGUCCAUAAAUUGAUUUUAGACAUUCAGAAGCUAAAGGUAAAUUUUAGUUGUAUGAAGCAGACUGUUUGUAAGGCUGGCAGAAGACCCCAAUGGUAUGUUCAACAAGGAGGAAUCGUAUUUUGAGGUCAAACAGUUUUGUUGCUUACAAUCUGAUCUUUUGUCUUUCAAGCAAAUAUUAUUAUUGAAAAACUAUCGCUGUAAUGUAUUGAAAGAGCCACUGUCUAAAAAGUGCUUACAUAGUUUACAGAAAGUGCAAUUUAAGCAAGUAAGCAAAUAGAGGUGGUACGUAUAAGUGGUCCUAUUGGUGCGGUGGAAGUUUCCAUGAUCUUUAUUCCGUUGCUUCAGUACCAAAAUGUAAUCUUCGAAUAUAACCUGAAUGUUUUAAGACCACUUUAAAUUGAUUAAGUAUAAAUUUUCAGCCUCUCCUGAAUGUAUAUGCUGUGUGGGUGUCUCCAUGUGCAUGCAUACAUGCAGUAAAUAUGUUUGUACUCAUCUGAAUAGUUUAGAAAAUAGCAAAAAAAUUUAAAAAUACACUAAAAGUCACGCAUCACUACAGUAUAAACUCAACACAUUUACAUUUCAUUUUCAACUUUUUGAAUUCACACUGUCCGCUAAUUAAAUUUAAAUGUUAGAUUCUUUUACAUCCUUCUUUUUGUAUCAGGUUUGCCCUUGAUGUCCCAUGCCUCACCCAAAUUAGGACCCUUUUACUUAUGGUCACUGAAUCACUGAGACAUCAAACACAAACUGGUAGAACAAAACAAGAGUUUAUCUCACUGUUGUUUGCCUUGCUCUUGAAUGUUGUUAGUCUUAAGCUGACAGCUCUCAGAGAAGCGCAUCCCACGUUCUGCUAAGAAAUGCCAUCCAAACUGAGACAGCCCUUACCAUCUCCAGUAGUGUAUACAAACCUUCACCACUGAGUUUACAGAUUUGCGAAAAGGUCAAAACAAGAGUGAUGAAAGCAUUUAAGCUAAGUAAGAUCUUUUGAUGUCCAGAUAUCAUCAAUCAAUGGAGGCUUUAAAGACGGUUACUACCUUAAUGCUAUUUAAAUAUUUAAGAAAGUAUGCUAACCAAAUAACAAAAUGAAAAGCGAAAGGGUGCAUAACACACAACUGAAAAGAUAUAGACACUACUCUCUGUGCUCUCAGAGAUUCCUUCUUUCUUGGUCCUGUAGCUCUUGACAGAUUCGAAUCCUGGGUGGCAAUCAGACCCCACCUUCCUGGGCUUCCACUUUAUAUGGUGGGUUGAUCGGAAGGGGUGGGGCACACUCUGGACAUCACAGCCGGGUGGGAGUGCCCUCUCUGGGCAUCUUCUCUGGGCUGUAGAGAAAGGAGAGGAUACCGUUACCGACACCAUCCAUUCUCGCCCCUGGGAGUGGUAGUGCUUAUCUCAGCCAAGCUUGUCAUGGGGUGUUAUGUUCUUAGGUACCAUUAACCUUUACUGAUAGUCCAAAUUGUCUUAAUACCUUUGAUUUAAUUUAGUGUUUAUUUCAAAAUACCUAUUUUGAAAGUUUCUUAAAUGAACUAAAAAAAUAUCACUUCCUAAUAAUCACGUAUCAAUUAUUCCAGAAAAAAAUAUGUCUAUGGUUCAAAAGCCACUUUCUCGUCAUCACAAGUCUACCACGUCUUAUUUUGUGUCCUUUUAAUGCUCUGAGAAGUGAGAAGAAGGAGCACUUUCAGGUAACACAUCAGAAAAAAUGUAAAUAAGAGAAAAAAACUACUGAUAUCAUUUAAAAAUAAAUCAUGAAAAUAAUUGUGUGAACAGUCUACAUUGGAAGGCACGGGAAGGGACAGGACAUAUUUGUAGUUUGUGUGAGAUGGAUUUUGACAUUUGAAUUGACUUCUGUGGUGAGCAUCGAGGUAGGCUAAAUAUAUAACUCAUGGGGUCAUCAACUCUGACCUUUCCAAAUGUUAAAGAACGUCCAUUGUUAUGACAGGACAGGAGGGGUAAAGCAAGAAGAAAGUAAUCAUUCAGACAGGAGUGUUGACCACGUUUAAAUAGCAAGGCCAAAUUCCAAAACCAAGAUGAAUCCAACCACAUGGUGAGAAACAAUUUGUAGUCACAAAAGUCCUAACUUUAGCUGGCUAUCCUUUUCAAGAAUGUUGUUAGUACUUUAUAGUUUCUGAGGCCUUCAAGCCAAAGAUUGCAUACAUUUGUGAGUGUGCCGCCCUCUUUUAAAGUGUUAUAGGUCAUUAAUCACACAACUAGCAUUAAAGUCAUUACUAAAAAACAAUGAGAUAGCACAAAUGUAACCAACUCACAAAUUGGCAACACCUAGGAAGAAGUACAUUAUAGAAAAAAUAGCAUUAUGACACUAAAAAAUAAUAAUAGCAAUAACAAUAAUGCACGUAAAACAUCACUAAUUGGUUUUGUUGCUGUCCUUACGUUAAAAAGGUUUCAAGUGUCUCUUAGAUUUUUGAAGCUGAUCAAUUGAUUGCUGUCUCUUCUCCUGAUCGUCUUUUUUAAAAUGGAUGCAUUCAAGCACAUUGCAUGGUGACAGACGAGAAAUGCUUAAUGACAAAAACAAUUUUCUUUUCAAUGUAAAAUUCAUUCUGAUUUGGGAAUAUUACACAAUUUGUGAUUAUCGUGUUUUUACAUUUUCUUAAAGCUAAUUGACCGUAGUCUGACAAACAAUCUGGGUGUAAAAUAUGGGUUUCCACCUUUGUUCUGUUAACACAUCCUUGGAUGGCAUGUCCUGUGAAACAUGUUUGGCUACUCAUAGCCGCCAAUCUUCAACAUUGUCGCCAUUUUAUACUAUAUACUCCACCAUUUGCUAGUCAUGUCUCCCUACAGGAGAGGACAGCAUGCAUCUCCCAGUAACCAAACCUUUGAACAAAAUUAAAAAAAAAAAAACUACAAAGCUCUUAUUUGGUUUAACAAUUAGUUGGAAGACAGAUCAUCAGCUACUGUUAGGGCCAUUUUGCAAAGUUUUCUUGACUGUGAUUAUGGGCAUUCAUCUUUUAGUUUAAUCCCUGGCUUUGAUUCCCUGGCUUCAGAUCUCUGCUUUGCCUCCUCCCGAUUCUUCUGCAUUAUGUCCUGGUCUUUGCUACUUAAUUAUGAAUCCUUUUUAUAAGCCACUUUUCAAAUUGGCUGCAACAGUAUGCUGGAUUGACAAUGUACAGUGACUUAUGUGUUGGCUUGUUAAUGGCUGUCUGAUACACUUUUCAAUCAUACUUUGUUCCAUAAAUCUUCUUUUGCUGUUGGUUUGUGUGCAUGGUAGUGGGAGGGCAUUAAUGGUUUCGCCUUCCUUAUUUGUUGAGUGUCUGAUUUAGGCAGCACUUCUUCUCUCAGUCCUUGCAGUGUUGUGUUGCUGCUCUGUAAUAGCUGGGGGUUUGAUUACUCCUUGACGUCCUUUAUUUUGUUAUAUUAUUUUUUUGGUGGCCCAAGGCCAUGUCCUCGUGCUUUACACUGCAGAGACACGUAUUACUCAGCAGCUGACGAUGUGUUUUGAGAUGAAUAACACCUGCAAAAUGAUUGUUUCUUUGCAGAUCUGCUGUAUUUGACUUUCUUCUGCCUCAUAGCAUUGCCUUGCUGCAUGGCAGAGGCGUAUAUUGAACUGAGGACCUAACCGAAGCGAGCUCAGCUGUCACACAGUUGGUGUGCUCUUCUAAGAAACUUAACAAGUGCUUUACAUAGGCCACUUGCUCCUGUUGAUGCUAGUAUAAGAAAAGAAACACUCUUAAGCUAGCUUGCUUUUUUUUCAACAGCAAACUGUUUGCAUUUCUAAAGGAGAGAUGCACAAAAGUCAACGUAUUGUGAGCUUGUCCAUUUAGAGACAUAGUUUUAUUUUGAAUGUGUUUUUGGACAACUAUAUUUUCAGAUUCACUUCACAAUAUAGUGUCCAGCAUUGUCUUUGUACUCCUGUUUGCACAAAGACUCAACUAAAGGGGCUGGCACCCUUUGCAUAAGUGGAAAGAAUAACGAAUUUGCAUUUGUCAUGUUUUAAAAUGUGCAUCCCAUUUGUGUGUUUCUGCAUAAUCCUCCUCAUUGUGCAAAAUACAAAUGUCAUACUUUUUAUGAUUUCCCCGUAGAGCUCACCUGUCUGUCCCAAUAACUGAUACUCUACUACAUGUUACUGGAUUAGGCUGUUUUGGGCCUUUUCAAUCAGCUCUAAUAAAUUAAAUGACAUAAGGGCUUUCAUUCAUUAAUUUGGACCCUGAAUAGUUCUAUUUUAUGAUUUAUAUAUAAAUAUUAGCUAAAAGUUGUUAAAUUAGGAGCAAUGUCAGGGUAAUCACUGGAAAGAGCCUUCAGUCUUUAUGAGUUUGGUGUUUCCAGAACUUGUCAGAAUUGAGGAAGCCUUCCACUUUUUGUGUGCAGUUUUUAACUCCGCCUGGUAUCUUUCUUUCUUAUUAAAAAUAAUAUUCACAACUUAAUUCAAGUAGGUUCCCUAUUUGCGUCUGUAAAAGAAAUUAGAAGCAAAUUGCUCUGUGAGCUAAAAUAGCCAUUUUCGUACAGAUUUGUAUACACAGCCAGCCCAACCAAUAAUGAUUUAUUUAUUAAAGAAUUUAUUUAUUUAUUUAUUUGCCUAACGUUUAUAUUUUAUAACAUAAGGCUAGCUAUUUUAGGGAGUCAAUGGAUGCGUUUACAUGUGCUUUUAACAACCUGGCUAUUCACAAAAACCCAGAAUCUAAAAGGCCAAGUAGAUACGUAUUCCGGCUAGAGAAACCAAGAUAUCAGUUAACACACACGUAGAUUUCGCCGUGAGUACCCCAGUUAUGUGGCCACGUAAACCCUUAACCAGGUUACACUUAAGGAUUCUGUAGUCUGCGCAUGUCCACUGCACUCUCUCAGCCUGUGCACGUGUUAGCCUUCAGAAGCCACAGGUAGAAGUGUCUCAAAAAUCAAUUUCCUGCAGCAAAUACUUGAAGGGAUUGCACUAUUCCUUCUCCUGGCUGAAAUAAUCUGUCUGAAUAUUUCAGAAAUUGCUCAAUUCAUGUUCAUGAGCUAAACCAAGAGUGCUAAGCUCAGUAACACAAUCUUGGGAGGCACAGGCUCAGAUUCAUGGUGGCCUUUGAUGAUGUUUAACCUUUCUUUUUAAGUGCAUUUUUAUGAAUCAGAAUGGGGAACAGCAUAAGCGGACUUGCACGUGUAAAUGUUUUUUUUAAGUAACCAGGUUUCUGCCUUAACCUUAACAGCUUUGUGUGUGCAUGUAAACAGACUCAUUGUCUGAUGAGACACUCAUAUGGCCGUAACCUCCUGAAGCCAUGUCUGGAAGCUGGUGGUAAUUUACCUGUAGGCAGAGAGCUUUCAGGUCUUUCAUUUUAUAUUUCAAAGCAGUAGAUACAACUGUCAUGGGUAAAGAAACAUUUCAUACCUGGAGCAUUGACUGCAUGUAGUACUCCAGGAAAAAGUGCAAACCUACUGUCUCUGCUUUAAGCUGCCUAAGAAAAUGGCAUAUCCAUAAGAUCCAUAAUGGGUGUGCCCCCUUGCAAAACGUUUAUAACCAAAUAAAACUGAAUUAGCGGCACAGUGGCUUGUCAUGCUGCAGGGUCCUUGAUUCAACACCUCGCCUCGUGACAAACUGUGUGGAAUGUCUACAUUCGCUCAGUUUCCAAGAAGUACUUCUACAUAACCACAAAUGGCGCGUAAAUGGGUUGGUCUGCAAUUUGGGAGUUGUAUGGUGGAUACAGGACUGGCUCCUGCCUUGUGCUGAGUGCUGGAACCAUAGAUGGGGCUGACAGUCCGUCGCUUAGCACACUCAUGCACACACCAAAACUCACGCUAGGCCAACUUACAGCCAGUAAUCAAUCCCCUCCACAUGUCUCUGAGAUGUGGGAGGAAGGAGAAUGUGCAAACUCUACUCAUGGGCUGAGCCUGGAACUAAACAUGGGUCCAUGGAGCUGUGAAUCACCCAUGUAGCACCUAAUAUAUACAGUAAGCAGUAUUUACGUUACAUAAUAAGGGAACUGGGAUCAUGCAGUUCCGAGUACCAAACCAUUGGUGGCAUGAGAAAAUAGUAAAACAUUGCAAUUGUUCAACACGCAGACAUUCAAUGUUCAGAAUUCACGGGAUGGCUCCGAUUGUGGAACCUUUUACUGUUACAGACACCUGUCAUUUACACAGAUGUUUUGAACUAAUGAAUAUUCUGCAUUAAGAAAGCCUGGCUUGCCUUAAUCCGAUUUCCUAACAGAAACAUUUACUUCGUAAAGCAACAGGAAACCGAUGGAGUUGGGGCGCUAUAAAGCAAGAGCCGAGGAAGUCCGAUAGGCGAACAGACAGGCUGAGGUGGGGCUACCGGGUCUCCAUUUCCAGUCUGGGUCCUGCGGACAUCAGGCCUACACAAGAAAAAGGAAUAACAGGGUAGAGAAAUAUUCAUUUCCUCACUUCGUUUAUACUAAAUGGGAUUUAAUUUUUUAUUCUUAACUGUAGCCUUCAUUUUUGUAAGUAAAUUGUUAGGAUUAUUUAAUUUUGCUCUUUGUUGUUUUGACAGCUUAUAAGGACUUUUUAGGUAAUUAAUCUUCCGAUGCACAGUUAGAACUUUAUGAAUUCCGUCCAAGUAGCACAGACAUACUAGAGGCCCUGACAGUCUCAUCAUUUCCAUCACUGAAAUGUAAAAUGUAGAAAAAAUAUGCACUUCUGUAUAAACAAUACAAUGCCAUAAAUAAAGAUUUUAUUUAGAGCGGAACAAUUUUUUUUCUUUUGGCAUUGGUCGCUCUGUUUUACAAUUACCACCCACCUUGGAAUUGUUAAAACAUGUUAUACGUGUGCAUAUGAAUUAUUCUCAAUAUAAUUUGAAAUAAAUAAAAUGAACGAUACACAGUUUUAUACUGUUUAACGGUAAAUGACACUUUUAAGAUGUGAUUGUGAUCAAAUAUUUCAGCUCGAUAACAUAAAAAAUGAAAACCAGCAAGAAGACAGAAACACAGAUCACUGCUGCCAUAAACAAUGAUGUAACUGGCUAAUAAACUUUCCAAAAUGGUUAUUUUUAUCAUUCAUUAACAUUACAAAAUGUACAUUAUGAAAGCUCAUCAGUCAAAUGCUUUAAUUAGUAUUCUACUAAGGUUUCUUUCUAUGCCUUUCUACAUUCAGACCUGUAAAUUGAAAUCCCAUCUCUGUUUGUUACUGUACAUUGCUUCAUUUAUUUUUUAUGUGCACUAAUACCGACAUUUUUAAACCUAUUUAGGAAAUUGCCUCAUUUUUUUCCGUUAAAUAUAUUGCAGCUUUGAGUCACACUUUCUUGCUUGAUUGUACAAGUUUGUGUUUUAGCAGUCAUUUAUUAUGUAAGAUGAACAUGUUACUGUUUAAUUGCCUUUUGUGCCAUUCAAAAACAAAUUGUACAUAAAACAUUUUAUUAUGGACUUUUUAAAUUGAAAAAUACGGAUCUAUAGGCUAGGUAGUACUCUGUGAUUUAGAUAGUAGGUGAUUUUUAUAGCAUUAGGACCUUGUUGCUUGCUAAGGAAAACAGACCCACCGAGAGAUUCAAGAUGCAUGGCCCGUGUCUUGGUGUGCAUGGUCACAGAAUCCCGAGCGUCUGUCUCUCAUGGCUGCAGCCUCAAAUCCACGUGCGUGGCUGACACUGACCGCUGUACCUCUGAUAAGAAGGCUCUGAUUUUAGUCAGCAGUUCACUUCCUCCAGACCUCCCUGGUUUUGCCAUUGAACCUUGAAAUAUCCCAUUUCCAAAGACGUGUAACAAGAUCGUACAAAUCUGAUUGGCAGGGACAGAAUCCUCGCUAUAAAAAUGGACAUAACAUCUGAUUCAAAGCGGUGAUUUAAGUGUGUUCUGUUUGGUCAUACAUGAGUGCCUUCUUAUUGUACGCAUAGUAUUUGAAAAUACAAUACAAUAAAAUUAACAGUGAUCCAUUCUGAGGUGAGGACUGCCUUGAAGACACAUCUGCUCUGUGACUGUGCUUUUAGGGCAUUUUUACAUUCAAUUUGUAUUUGUUUCAAUGUACAUUUGCAACAUGUGUGUUGUAAUCUCAGCCCAAUAAAUUUGGUUAAAAAUAUUAA